UCUCUCUCUCUCUCUCUCUCUCUCUCUAAAAUCCCUGGUCCUGUUUGUUUCUCUUUCCUUUCCCCUCUGGCUAUUGUGCUUGAAUUUAAUCACAAAAAUGGCGAGUAAGAAAAGAAUGCAUGAAGCCCUUUACGAAGAGCCAUCAAGGCUCGAUAACCAGAGGUACCCCUUAAGUAACUCUUCACCAUUGAGCUUCUUUCAAAGAGCUUCCCCUUCUUCAACGCUUGAUCCUUCACAGAAAGAAGGAGCUCCGAUCCCCCAAGAUUUAUUGCUCUCUGGUUCUUCCACCCAAUCUUUGAUUCCCCCCAAAAAACCCACUUUUGUUUCGUAUACUGAAGUAUCUGGAUUAUCCCCAAAAAUCAAAGUACUCUGUGAACUUCUCGCUGAAACCCCGUCUUCAAAGAUCGAGCAGGCUUUUUGGGAAACUGGAAUUAGGGUUUCUCAGGAAGAUGUCGAGGAGGUAUUGAAGCUCAAUUAUGGGUCCCCUUCACCUGCUGUUAAAUUUUUUCGAUGGGCUAGUACUCAACUUGGUAAGAGCCAUAGCCCUCAUGCUUGGAAUUUGCUUGUUGAUUUGUUGGGUAAAAAUUGGCUCUUUGAUGCAAUGUGGGAUGCAUUAAAAUCAAUGAGGAAAGAUGGAUUGCUCUCUUUUGCCACUUUUGCAUCAGUUUUUAGUAGCUAUGUUAGUGCUGACAAGAUCAAUGAGGCUAUAAUGACCUUUGAAGUCAUGGAUCAAUAUGGGUGUCACCAAGGUGUUGUAGCUUUGAAUUCUCUUCUGAGUGCAAUAUGCAUAGGAAAGCAGACAUCUAAAGCUUGUGAGUUUUUCGAUAAGGUGAAGGCAAAAAUCACCCCUGAUUCCGAUACUUAUGCUAUACUUUUAGAGGGGUGGGAAGCUGAGGGCAAUGUAGGGAGAGCUAGGGAAACUUUUGGGGAGAUGGUUUUGAGGAUUGGGUGGGAGCCUAUGAAUGUUCCGGCCAAUGAUUCAUUCCUAAACACUUUGCUUAAGGGCUCGGGGGUUGAUGAAGCUUUGAAAUUUUUUAAAUUGAUGAGGGAGAAUAGGUGUUUUCCGGGCAUGAAAUUCUUUCGGGGCGCUUUUGAUAUGCUUUCGAAGCAGAACAGAACUGAGGAGGCUUGCGAUUUAUGGGAGGUCAUACUGGGAAAUGGGUUCACCCCAGAUACCCUAAUGUACAACUCGAUGAUUGGGCUUUUGUGUUAUAUAAACCGAAUCGAGAAAGCCUCUCAGUUUAUGGAUGAGAUGGUGUUUAAUGGGGCUUUCCCCGAUUUACAGACAUAUAAUUUGAUUUUCCAAUACUUGGUUAGGAGUAGGAAGUUAAAAGAAGCUUCGAGUGUAUUCAAUGAGAUGGUGAAGAAUGAGGGAGAGCUUACUCACACUAAUUGCUUGUUGGCGAUCAGGGUUUAUUUGGAUUCAGGUGACUCAAACACGGCGAUUAAUAUUUGGAAACAUAUGCUUGAAAAGGGCAUCACCUCGAAAGAGGAAUGUGGGAAUUUGUUGGUUGUUGGUCUUCGAGGUAACAAUAGGCUCUCAGAAGCUCGCAAAUAUGCCGAGGAUAUGAUUGAUAGGGGGAUUGUCGUCCAUUCCUCGACGUUGUCAAAGUUGAAACAUGGUCUUAUUAAAGUGGGUAAGGAGGAUUUUUAUGAUCGUCUUGCGAGGAAACUGCACUACUAGCUAGAGGAACUUUGAAAAGGAAAGAUAUAGUGUAAAACUAGUUAGAGAGGAAAUUUCUUCACAAGAUUCUUUGUAAUAUCUGAGUUUGUAUAACUCUAAAAUUUGUCCCAUUAAGAUAUAGAAUUUUUGCAGUGAAA